ACGAAUAUUGUCUAGUAGAAGCCCCUGGGCACAGGUGAUUCAGGCGUUCCGAGGGUAUAUAUUGGUAUGAAUGCUCGUAGCUGAGACAUUAAUUCUCUAAACUAGAGAGAAAUUCGUUUUAAUCGGCGACUGUGCUGUUUGGAUUUGUACCAAUUCUGAAAGCUGUUGCUGCCCUUAAAGAUAGCGAGUUGAUUCUGGGUAGUCACCGGCCGUAUCGGUUCCAUACCCAUUGUCUUUCACUGAAGUUCAUCUGUAUACUUUCCCGAAGAACAAUAACUUUCCAUCUCAAUCCUGGAUUUCACGUUAUGCUGAAUGACACUCCGGCAAUGUAGCUUCUUGACAUUUUGAAAUACUAAGGCCAACAUGAUAAUGCUCAUAGUUCACACUUAGUGAGAAUUCGAAAAAGAAAUCAAGGAUGGGAGCGAACUGCAGUUCCCCGGCGGGCGCAUCCGUCUCUAUCAACUCCCAGGGUCUUGAAAAUUGCCCUCCGCACCAACGUAAUAGGAAACCAAUCAACAUCACCAAUAACAAUUCUUCCAAUGCCAUCAAGACGGCAAAGGUCCCACCCAACAAUGGGAUCCGAAACGAGUUGAUCAAUCUGAAUGGAAACGACAGGCACGACGUGAUGUUCAACAAGGACAAUGAUCCCUUAAUCGGGGAGAAGACCAAGCUGGACUGGGACAACCAGGUACCCCUCAUGGACCCCAACGUGGUGGCCAUGAUGGUGGAGAAGAUGGAGAUGAUGCGGAAGAUGAAGAAGAUGAUGGGAGGGCAUCCUCCCAUGCAGAAUGGACACGGGCCAAACGGGACAGGGUUGGACCAUGUGGAUGGACAAAUGCCAUCGAAUGGUAACCUUAAUGGUAACAUGACAUCCAACGGGAGGGUCCCACCGAAUGGUAUGCACCCCCAUGGGAUGACCAAGCCCAAUGGUGCACCCCCUAUGAACGGGAAGAUGCCACCAAAGUUUCCCAAACUGAUGGGCAGUACGGAGAAUGCAGUUCGUAUCGUGAGGCAUAUGAAGUCCGUAUUCAAUUCAGAUGAGAUACAGGACCUGUGCGACCAGAAAAUGGACUCAACAGACGGGAACAUCAUGUUCAAGAUGAUGCAAUGCAAACUGGAGAUGGAAUUCAAAUUCUUAAAUGAAAUUGGCAUGGGCCACCUUACGCAGCUGAUCGCAACCGGGAAACUUCCUCCUAUUUUGCAAUUGAUCUUCAUCUGUUACCAAGAUGAACCUGAGGUCCUCAAUGAACUGUCGUUCGUUGGUCCUGUCUUUUCGAAGCGGCCCGAUCUGGUGGUAAGAAGAGGUGAUGCAGUUCCUAACAUCAUCAUGAAAACGUGCUCUGAAGAAGCAGUGUCGCUCGACGACCUCCAUGUCAACAAGAACCUCCCCCUGGUCGUCUUCGCCGCGUCGUCCUCCUGACCUCCGCUUCAGGCCUGUUUAAUAGGCGGGGCUCUCUCAACCUUGUUGGAGACCUACCGAACGCAGGCCGAGUUCUUAGUGGUUUACUUGGAGGAAGCACAUGCCAAGGGGGAGUUUGGU